AUGUCUUCCUUGGCAUCUAAUUCCCAAACUGUAGCUCUUGAGCAAGAGCAACGUCCUUCUAAGAUGCCAAAAAUUGAAUCAAUUGACAUUUCUACUCUACAACAUGAUCUAGGGUUACGUCCUCAAAUGUGGGAAUAUCUUGUUAAUCAACAGGAUGAAAUUAGACGUGCUUAUCUUAAAGCUGGUCGAUAUAGAUUCAUUCCUUCUAAUAGUUAUGAAUAUCCAUUUUCGGGCAAUGAAAAAAAUCGCCGAAGAUUUCAAUCAUCUUGGCAUACAAUGUUUGAUUGGUUAGAAUUUUCUCCUGAAAAAGAUGCUACUUACUGUUUACCCUGCUAUAUUUUCUGUAAAAGGUCAACGAGACGAUUUGGAGCUCAUGCAUUUACUAUUGAAGGAUUUCGUAAUUGGAAGAAAGUUAAUGAUGGUGUGCAUUGUGUUUUUUUGGGUCAUAUGGGAAAUGGGUCAUGUUCACCUCAUAAUAAUGCUGUUAAAGGUCAUGAUGAAGGUCCCGAUUCAAAAGAUCGUGAUAAUUUUCUUGAGUUGAUAAAAUUUAUGUCCGCUUACAACGAGGAUGUUGCUAAGGUUGUUUUGGAAAAUGCUCCAGGAAAUGCAAAAUUCACAUCAUGUUCAAAAAGAUAUUUUACAUGUCUUUGCAAAAAGGAUAGUUUCAUACGAGAACGCUUCUUUGAUAUUGUCUCUGUUAAAGAUACAACGAAAUCGACUUUAAAAGAUAGCAUAUCUUAUGUUCUUUCUGAAAAUCGUCUUGAUAUUCAAAGUAUUCGUGGACAAGGGUAUGAUGGUGCUAGUAAUAUGCUUGGUGAAUGGAAAGAGUUGCUGACAUUAUUUCAUAAUGACUGUCCUUGUGCAUACUAUGUUCAUUGUUUUGCACAUCGAUUACAAUUUGCAUUAGUUGCUGCAUAUCGAGAGGUUGUUUCUAUUCAUGAGUUCUUCUCAAAUUUGAAUUUCAUUAUCAAUGUGGUUGGUGCUUCAUGUAAACAUCAUGAUCAACUGCAAGAUGCUCAUGAAACAGAUAUUGCACAUUUGAUAGCUAUUGAUGAACUUGAAACUAGAAAAUGA